UCAAGAACUAGGGUUUCUCAUCAAACAUGGCGGCACCUCCACCCAACUCCGUCCAAUGUUUCGGCAGGAAGAAGACGGCAGUGGCAGUCACACAUUGCAAGGCUGGCCGUGGUCUCAUCAAGAUCAAUGGUGUCCCAAUCGAGCUUGUGCAGCCUGAGAUCCUCCGUUACAAGGCUUUCGAACCGAUCCUCCUUCUCGGCCGUCAUAAAUUCGCCGGGGUGGAUAUGAGGAUCCGGGUCAAAGGUGGAGGUCACACUUCUCAGAUCUAUGCUAUUCGACAGAGUAUCGCGAAAGCACUCGUUGCGUACUACCAGAAGUUUGUUGAUGAAGAGCAGAAGAAGGAAAUUAAGGAUAUUCUUGUGAGGUAUGAUCGAACUCUGCUUGUUGCUGAUCCUAGAAGGUGCGAGCCGAAGAAGUUUGGUGGUCGUGGUGCUCGUGCAAGGUUCCAGAAGUCAUACCGUUGAUCGAAACAGAGUAAUUCAUGGCAUUUUCUUGCUAGUAGUUUUUAUUCAUGUUAUGCUUCUUUUUGAUAGUAUGUUGAGACACGAAAAUGAUGUUAUUUCACUAGAAAUUUUGAUGAAAGUAAUUUUUACGUGGUAAACCCUAAUUGAUUAUCCUUGUUUU